AUGGCGACGCCGCCGUUCUUCGACGAGGACCUGUACGACUUUGCUGGCGCGGCCUCGCAGAAUGGUGAUGGCGCCGAGAGCGCUGUGGACAGCGACGAGACCUCGGUGUUGCCGGACGAGCCCCACCAGGCGAACGGCGCUGGCCCAGAACAGGAGAGUGCGAUGGGCUCCUCUGCUGACGGUAGGCCUCGGCGGAAACGUGGUUCCCGAGGUGGCGCUGGCAAUAGCAAGGAGCAGAAGGAGUCCGAGCGACGUUGGCGUUCGGGAGCCAUUCCUCCGGCUCCAAUGUUCGACGGGGAUGUGGAGGCAAAUCCAUAUUGCCUCAGACACUACAGAAGGAGACUUCGGAGAUGGGUACGCUUGACACAAGAAUACUUGCCAGCCAAUGAACAAGCCCUGCGUGCGCUUGAGCAACUUCGUGGUGAUGCCGAGUUGGAGUUCGAGGAGGUGGAUGACAGCCGCUUCGACCACCCGGAGGGCAUCCAGCGGUUGCUUGACGACCUUGAGGUGUCGUUCGGCGAGCGAGAGUUGUUCCGGCAGGGCGGCGUGAUCCGGGAGUUUGAGUCCGUGGGAAGGAUGCAGGGCGAGUCGAUCACUGCGUUCAUCCGCAGGUUCCGGCUCUUGGAGCGCAGGCUGGUGGAGAACAAGGUCCCGAUGUACCCUGAGGCCACGCGCGUGAUCAAGUUAUUGGAUGGCUUGAGGCUUGACGAGAAAUCGACAGCAUCGGUCUUGUUGGCGGCGGGGAAUCGCUACGACAUGGCCAGGAUCCUGGAAGCCCUCAGAAUCCAGUAUCCCCCUGGGAUGAGCGUGACUGGCUUGCCCAAGGGGCUGGCCACUUUGUCAAGGCCGUCCUCACGAGCUUCUUCGUCUCGGGCUUCUACCUUCCGGUCAAGCACGACGUCCGCUUCUACCAGGAGAAGUCGUGGAGCGCGAUCUAACUGGAAGCAGUGGCACACUGAAUGGGAAGUACCUGAAGAGCAGGAGGAAGUGCCCGACGAGGAGGUUGAGGCCGAGGAGUACCAGGGCGAGGAGCUCGACUACGAGAUUGAGCCCAAUGAGGAGCUGGACGCGCAGGACUACGACGAUGAGGAGUUGAUUCCGGAGAUCGGCGAGGGCCAGGAGGCUGACGGCUCUUCGGACAUGAACGCGCUUCUGGCCGCGGCGGAGGCUCUCACCGUGACGUCCAAGCGUUUGGCUGGUUUGGUGCAGGCCCGUGGCUUUUACCAAGUGGACGGCAAGAGCAAGGGCAAAGGCAAAAACUCUGCGUUCAAGAAAGGAAAAGGCAAAAGCAAGUCCGGAUCCAAGGGCGCCAAUCAGGGUGCCAAGAGUGCUGGAAAAGGGGGCAAGAAAGGCCUCAGCCGCGGACUCGGCAAGGGUUCCGGUGACAGGCAAGCUCGACUUCACGGUUCAGCUUGCUUGGGAUGCGGGGCCACUGAUCACUGGGUGCGAGAUUGCCCCCAUGUGAACAACUACCAGGCACAGCUGGCGACGGCCGACGUGGAGCUCGAUGCUGAGGGAUAUCCUGUUUGUUACAUGAUGUCCGUUGCCGUAGAAGAGGAUCCGGUUGGAGCUGAGAACCCUGUGCACUCCGUUGAAAAGCAAGUCCAAGUGUUCAGCGUGCCGCGACCCCCCUCCAUCAUGUUGAGCACCUGUUCGGAUGCCUCCUUUUUGAUAGCCGACACAGGUUGUCAACGUCAAGUUGCUGGCACCAAGUGGCACGAGCAACACAUGUUGGAAAUUCAGCCCCUGAAGAGAUUGCGUUUUCCAGAAGUUUGUAGGUUCUCUUUUGGUCCUGCGGACGGUGUUCCCAGCCUUGGCCGAUAUUUGUAUCCAGCUGGGAUUGCGGGUGAGUUGGUGGCUUUGGGGAUAAGCGAAAUUGACUCGCCAGCACCGGGACUGCUUUCAAGACCAACCAUGGAGGCUUUGGGCGCGGUGCCAGACAUUCUGGAGGGCAAGGUGUACUUCAGGGCUUUGGGGGGAAGAUCUACACGCCUGUAUCUGAGUCCAUGUCGGCAUUUAGCCCUGAAGAUUGAUGAGUGGCCUGAGCACAUCUCUGAGUGGCCAGUCGAGUUGCAGCAGCUUGAGCUGAUCUACACAACGCAGCAGGCAGUGCUGCAUUACUCGGCGGCCUCCUUGAAGCCCAGGCUGAAGGACAGGAUCCUGGAGCUGUUCAUGGAGCCCUGCACGGCAGUGACAAUGAUGACGACGCAGGCGGCCAUGGCGGCAGCAGCGCAGCUUCAGCUGAACCACUACGCCAAGAACCCCGACAACUGCCGGCAUCCCUCAGGAACCAGGACGUACACAGCCGCCGGGAUGAAGAUCCAGAUCUGCGACACCUGUGGCAGCCGAUGGGUGGUCAUGCCGACCGGGGGAACCGUGGAGGCCACACCGAAGGCGAAUCCCAACGCCAAGACGCCACUCGACCUCAGCGACGCGGCCAAGAGCAGGCUACAAGCAGCAAGCAAGGCGGCAGUCAAAGGCAAAGCAAACGGAGCUGGACGGGGAUCAGCAAGUUGGUCACAGCCAUCCUCGGGAUCCUCGCGGGCACCAUCGCAGGCCAUUCCGCAACCUCGCAUGCCACCGCCACCACCUACAGCCACGUCCCGAGUGCCGGUUCCGACUCAGACUCCGAAGGCCUACCAGAUGAAUGGACAGCAACCGCCGCGACGACCUGGAGGCGGCCAGAGGUCCGUGUCAGAGGUGGACACCCUGGACGACACUUCCGACAACAUGAGUGUGACCUCGCGGCUGACGAUGUCGGAAAACGAAGCACAGCGACCUCGAGUUCGUCAAUGGCAAGGAACCCAUCGAGGACAAGGACUGGGGCUUCGACGAGCGCAGCCACUACGGAAUCCGAACGAGGAGGAGCCGGCCGAGUGGACAGCCGAGAACGAGGCGACGGAGUUCCACGACUACAUGAUGGAUCGGGCCCAGGACCCGGACUAUUGGGACGAGCAGAGGAGCCGAGACGAUUGGGACGAAGCGGACAUGGCGCGAUAUGAUCGUGGAUGUUUCGCAAUGAAAAAGGGCACCCGCAAAAGAUUGGCUGGUGCCGCAAAGCUGCUAUGGCAAGAGUGGAACACGGAAGCCAAGGUGUACCAGAAUCGAGCCAAAUUGUGUCGCGCUAUGCGACGCCACAAAGUGGAUUUGGUGGAGAUCUAUGGCGGCCAUGCCGCAAUCACCGAGUUCGCCUUGAAGUCGGGCUUGAAGACCCUGCAGCCCGUGGACCAGAUCUACGGGAUCCAGUUGGACACCUCGGAGGACUUCCAGGCGCUGGAGGCGAUGUUGGAACGUUGGCUCCCGGCAUUGGUGGUGUGGGAGAUAUCCUGCACUCUGUGGUCUAACUUGCAGUACCUCAACCGCAGCCAGGAUGAGCUACAAGAACUUCGCGCCCGCGAGCUUCGACAUGUAAGGUCUAUGGCGAAGAUCAUUCAUCGACUGGCUGAGAAGGGGGUUCACUUCUUGGUGGAAAACCCUUAUGGAACGGCCUUUUGGGAGCAACCGCCCAUGCUCCAACUUCGCACACUACCCAACACGAUGUUGAAGAUGGGUUGCAUGUGUGCCUUCGGCUUAACAGACAAUCACGGCAUGCUGUUGAAAAAGCCCACGGGUUGGUUGAGCAACAUGCCCGAGCUUUUGGACGAGCUGGCCCUUCCGUGCACUGGAGAUCAUGAACAUGGCCGGUGUUUGGGUGGCGACAUCGCCAGAAAGGCACAGGUCUACACAGACCAAUUGGCUAGAGCUUGUGUGCGGGGCCUUAUUCGAGGCCUGACCAGACUGGGAGACGAGAGGUGGUGUAAGAACUACCUCAGUCAAGCUGAUAUGCCCCACUCUGACAGCACCUGGACCAGCGAGGUGAACUACGGCGACUCGCUGGAGAACUUCGAGGCGCAAUGGGAACCCCCUGGAGAGCAUGUGGCGGGCGUAUACUUCCUCGACAUCAACCGCCACGUGGAGUCCUGGAGGCCCUUGCUGAAGGAGGCCGAAGGACGCCUCCAGAACAUCACUACGAGCACGAUUACUUUGAAACCCUCGCCGUUUGUGGAAAAGGUGCGCGCCCUCGUGCCGUGGGAUUUGCAAAGAGUGCAACUCAGCAAGGCUCCCAAACAGCGAAGGCUACCGGAUGAAGUGCUCAUGAAUGGAGCCAAGCAUCGCGGUGCUGCAUUGUGGUGCAAUGACGAGGAGAUCCGCCUGGAGGCUGAAGAGAUCAAGUCCAUCGUUCAUGCCCCGGCCGGAAGGUACGAGAAACCCAUUCGUGUCGGCAUCUACUUCUACGGAGUGGCACCGUCAAGCAGUCUGAACCCCAAGGAUGACGCCGCGCCGGAACCACCACGGUUAGCUACCAUGCCUGAGGAGGUGGAGACCACGGAUCGCAUGCUUCCGCAUCAACCUGGCUACAGAGACAUCUCCUUUCCUGGCAUUGAGUUACCCCAGUGGGUUCAACAGGUGUUGAGACGUCUGCACUGCAACUUGGGUCACCCACCAAAGGAGGUGCUGGUACGCCAGUUGACCUUGGCUAAUGCCUCUGACGUCGCCGUAAAAGGAGCCAGGCAUCUUCGUUGUGAGGUGUGUUUGCGGGUGGCACCUCCUCAUCAACCUCGCACAGUUAAGGCCUUUCAGCCCAAGCGCUUCAACGAUCGCUUGUGCAUCGACAUCCUCUACAUCAAGGACCUUCAAAAGCGGGUGUACAUGUACCUGAACUGUGUUGAUGACGCCACCAGCUAUCAGGCCGCAUCCUACCUUGGCGACCGUUCCGAGGACAGCGUCGUCAAGAACCUGCUCAAUGGGUGGUUCACCUUCUUCGGACCGCCCGACGAGAUGACAGUAGAUGCGGAGGGUGCCUUCCGAGGAAUGCGGUUUGAAAGCUUGCAUGCCCAGCUGAACGUGGACAUAAGAGUCGUCCCUCCAGAUGCCCAUUGGCAACUUGGCAAAGCAGAGCGGCAUGGUCAAGCUCUCAAAUGGAACGCAGCCCGCCUGAUAUCACAGUUCGCAGCCACGAACCUGGCGGAGGUCAACCUGUGCGUGGCGAUGGCAGUUCACGCAAAGAACACUCUCAUCCGCCGCUCGGGAUCAUCGCCAUCUCAGUGGGUGUUUGGACGCAACCCCAAACUUCCAGCCUCACUCCUGAGUGAUGGGGGUAGUAUUGAGAGCUGCCAACUCACCUCCGAUAGCGAUCGCUUGCAACAGAUUGAGGCGGUGAGGACCCAGGCCAUGAUGAACCACCACCAGUUUGAAGCUCAUGCUGCCCUUCGUGCCGCUCUUUUGCGUAAAAGCCGGCCCUAUCGAGGCCAGUUGUUCCCUGGACAGAAAGUGGCUUACUUCCGCUUGCGAUCCACCCAGUUUGAUGGAGAGGGCUCGGUGGAAGGCUAUCGCCAGGGCAUCGUCUUGGCCUUGGACCGUAAUCCCAGCUCCAACCUGGCCACCAAUGUCUGGAUUCGCAACAGCCGCGGUCGAGUGGUGCAGUGUGCUCCUGAACAGGUCCGCCCUGUCUUCGGUGCACCGAAUGUUGACCAGGACUUGGCUGCGCAUCCGCGCGCUUUUCGGGCCCCGCUGGGCAACCAUCCUCGUCCUGCAGGGGAUCUUCGGGUGCUUCAAGACGUGAACCAGACUGCAGAGGAGGCCCGUCCCGUCGAUGAGGCUAGUCCUGCUCCGGUUCUUGAUGCCCAAGGCCAGCCGGUGGAGCCGGCCAUGCUGAAUCCGAUUCUAAUGAUGCCUCCUACGCCGCGGUCGUCUCCUGCAACUCCGAGCCGGCGUCCGAGGGAACGUUCUCGCUCUGCAGCGCGAGCUCCUCGUCCUUUGACCUCGGUGCCUGAGGAAGUAACCGUUCCUCGUCCAGAAACCAGUCUUCCUCCAGAUCGUGCACUACAUGCUUCCGGCCCACCAGAAACCAGUCUUCAUCCAGAUCGUGCACUACAUGCUUCCGGUCCACCAGAAACCAGUCUUCAUCCAGAUCGUGCACUACAUGCUUCCGGCUCUUCAGGAACCAGUCUUCAGUCGGACCGUGCACUACCUGGAGAUUCAAUUGUCAAAGGCUCUUCUGGUCGACGCAGUGCUGAAGCUGAUGCUGUGUCUGGAACGGGUUCACCGCCGGUGGGACCAUCACCACUACCAUCACGCGAUCUGUCAAGGCAAGUGUCAAAGCAAGAGUCGAGCUCCGGUAUGACCCAAGAGCUUGAGAGACUUAUUUCCGAGGAAUACCCCGAACUGCGAGGCAUCAAGCGACAAUCUGAUAUCCCUACUGAUUUGUUGAGCGCGGAGGGGAGACCUGUACCCGCACAACCUUCGGCAGCCUUACCUGAAGCCGAAUUUCUCCUGGUCUUCUGUCAACGGUGCGGUGAACAACCCCGGGGCACACAGAAGCCUACAAUUUGCGCAAGGUGCAGCUGCAGCAACUUCGUCGACUCUCCCAAGGAGGUGACCUCUUGGUUUGAUGAGAUCAAGGAAAGAGAGGCCUUUGAUCGUCUUCUACCCGGCGGUAAUACUACGGGCCUGGAGACCAAGGACCUCUUGAACAGCUUUCCCUCUCGACCUCAGGACACGAACGAUGAAGAGGUUGCGGAGCUCACCGCUUUUUCUUCAAUGCAGUUUUCCUGUAAGCCUUUGUCUUUUCAAUCUGUGCAUCGACUCGAUGUGUUGCGCCGACAUGCCCGUGGCGAGCAUCUUCGAUAUGGAUGGGACGGUACUCCAGCUGAAGUCCCUCGAGGCUAUGAGCAUCAAGCUUUUCUGACUGCAGCCCAUUACUUCGGCCAUCACAGCGAGGAAGAGACCAGCCCCUCGGAAGAACCCCACGACACGCCCGUGGCCAAAUCACCGCCACGAGCCAGACCUCCGAGCCUGUCCGAGGCCAUGGCCAAACGGCUGCUCCAGCUGGAGGACUUUCGCCACGUUACUUGUCAUCAGCUGCUGGACACCGUCAAGUUCUUGAGCAAAGAUACUUCCAAGCGUCAGAGCCACAGCCCAGCGCAGAGCGACAGUGGCACCUUGACCUUGGGCCUUUAUAGUCAUGGAUCACAGACCGGCCUCACAACAGCUACGAGCGAGCAUGCCACGUUGAUCAAGUACUUGGUGCGCUAUCUUCAACACCAUGGCAUGGACACCGGCAUCACCAGCAUCCAUGUCUCCAAGAAUAUCCAGUCGCGGCCACACCGCGAUUGCAACAACGCCGAGAACUCUUUGAAUUGGCACAUCAGCUUGGGCAACUUCAGCGGCGGUCAGUUCUGGGUGGAAAGCUCCGCGACCAACGAUGACUCCCGAAGCGUGGUGACGCGAGAGGUCAACGGGAAAAUGUUGCCGGGCUACCUGAGCACCACCAGGAAUCGCUUGGUGUCCUUUGGGCCGAAGCAAUACCACUACACGGAGGCCUACCAAGGAGAGAGAUACGCCAUCACUGCCUACGAGACUCGUUUGUUCAAGACUGCUGAGCCUGGCCUGAAGAGGCAAGUUCGGAAGUUGGGUUUGCCUACGCCCAGAGCCUGCCGAGCUUGGCUGGAGUUUCCGGCCUAUGAAGCCUACCCUGCCAAGGUUCAGUCUUCAGCAUGCGGCGAGGGAGAGACCUUGCUAGCAAUGGAAUCAAGCGAGAGCGAGGGGAACGACGGCACCUUUGAGACUCGACGAGCAGCCAAGCAGGCCAGAAAGAAGGAAGUCCCUUGGCAAAGCAUGACCCCCGAGGAGGUGCCGGAGUUCGUGAAGGCGCUGCAGCAGGAGUGGAGUGAAUGGGAGAGAUGGUCCAGUUGCAAGCCCAUUUGGGUUCGCGAAGGAGAGGUGGCGGCGCAUCUGAUAUUGCGCAGUCGCGUAUGCUACAGGUGGAAGCCCAUCCCCGACGGGCAGAAGCCUAAAGCUCGCAUAGUGGUGCUAGGCUUCCGAGAUCCGCAUCUACCGUGGCUGGCCCGGGAUGCCCCUGUGUUGUCGAGGUCAGCCUUCCACCUCAUGCUUCAGUGGGCCGCUUCCAGGAGGGUCAAGCUUCACAAUGCCGACUGCAAAAGCGCGUUCUUGCAGGGGGACCCCGAUGUGGAGCGGCCGGAGAACAUCUACAUGCGACCACCACAGGACCCUGUUGCACUGGAGGCCAACCCUGAUUGGCGUGACUCCAGACUUCUAUACCUGCUCACGGCUCCUGUGUAUGGCCAGGCCAACGCUCCUCGCCAGUGGUAUGAACACGUCGUGAGAGUCCUCCUGUCGUUGGGAUGGUCGAGACAUACGCUAGAUCCAUGCUUGUUCCUUUGGAGGCAAAAGGAUGAAGUAGUCGCCGUCUUGGGGAUACAUGUGGAUGAUCUCAUCGCUGGCGCACUUCCCGACUACCAGAGCACCCUCAAGGAUGUGGAGAAGUCUUUCACAUGGGGAUCACCCUGGGUCUCUGGGGAGUUCACCUUCGUAGGCCGUCACAUUAAACAAUGGCCUGACGGGAGCAUCACGAUAGACCAGUCGGGCUACGUCAACGAGGUGCCGACUACGAAGGUCAAGCUCAGCGACGACACCAAGCUAAGCGACCACGCCGACUUGGUGACGGAGUUUCGAUCGGGCAUCGGGUCGCUGCAGUGGCUGGCGGGCACGACUCGAGGAGACAUCGCUGCAGACGUGAGCCUCAUCCAGAGAUCACCUCAGGAGCUCACCGUGGGCGACUUGAAGGAGGUGAACGGGGUGUUGCGUUAUGUGAGGGCAACGAACGACGCCUACCUGCGCAUCGUGCCGACUGACUUCAGCGAGUUGAUCUUGGUGUGCUACGGAGAUGCUGGAUGGGCCAAUGCCCCAGGACACAAAUCCCAAGGAGGGCUGGUCAUCGUUGCGACGGACAAGAAGGCCCUUGGGGAAAAGAGGAGCGCGUCUCUCCUGGAAUGGAAAAGCUACAGACAUCAGCGCAUUCUUCGCUCUACCCUUGCUGCUGAAGCCGCCUCGCUGGACAAGGCGUUCGACCAUGGAAACUAUAUGGCCAUGAUGCUGAGCGAGAUGAUGGAUGGCGGGUUCUUGGCAACCAUGAACGAGCGGCCGCUGUGCGAGGUGCUGCCGGUGACGGAUGCUCGGUCCUUGUGGGACUCAAUUCACCGUCUCACGACGAAUUUCCAGGAGAAGCGGGUAGAGAUAGAUGUGGCCGCUUUGAGGCAAUGCUGCAAAGGGCUCAGAUGGGUCCCCACAGAAAGUCAGAUAGCUGAUGCCCUGACCAAACGGUCACGGACUCUUAGAGAUCAGUUCCGCCAAUGGAUGGCAUCUCCUUUCGUAACGUUGGUUGACAGCAAGCAGCCCAGUGACGUAGUUACGGGAGGCGAUGCUAACCGCGCUUGGCGCGCAUAG